UGCUCAGGAAGAAUGGCAGAGGCUACUUCGAUUAACCAGGACAUUUUUAUGUGUCCGAUUUGUUUGGAUCUACUGAAGGAUCCAGUGACUCUUAACUGUGGACACAAUUACUGCACGGGCUGCAUUAAGGGCUGCUGGGAUCAGGAAGAUCAGAAGGGAGUUUACAGCUGCCCACAAUGCAGACAGACUUUCACUCCGAGACCUGUUUUAAACAAAAACAACUUUGUUGCUGAGCUUGUGGAACAGUUCAGGAAGACUUUAAUUCAAGGUAGGCUACAUGCUUCUCCUCAGUGUUUUGCUGGACCUGGAGAUGUGGAGUGUGACAGCUGCACCGGGAGAAAACUGAAAGCCGUCAAGUCCUGUCUGGCGUGUUUGUUGUCGUACUGCGAAACUCAUCUCCAGCGCCAUGAUGAACUCUUCUCAGGGAAAAGACACAACGUGGUUGAUGUCACAGGUCAGCUACAGGACAAGAUCUGCACUCAGCACCAGAGGCUUCUGGAGGUAUUUUGUCGCACAGAUCAGAGUUGCGUCUGUUUGCUAUGUCUGGUAGAUGAACACAAAGGCCAUGACACUGUCUCAGCUGCAGCUGAGAGAUCGGAGAAACAGAAGGACAUGGAGGAGACCAAGAGGAAACUCCAGCAGAGACUCCAGGAGAGAGAGAAGGAGCUGCUGGAGCUGAGGAAGGCUGUGGAGACUCUCAAGACCUCUGCACAGACAGCAGUGGAGGAGAGUGAGAGGAUGUUUACUGAGAUGAUCCGCUCCAUUGAGAGAAGGCGCUCUGAGGUGACAGAGCUGAUCAGAGCUCAGGAGAAGGCUGAGGUGAGUCGGGCUGAAGGACUCCUGAAGCAACUGGAGCAGGAGAUUGCUGAGCUGAAGAGGAGAGAUGCUGAGCUGGAGCAGCUUUCACACACAGAGGAUCACAUCCAUUUCCUCAAGAAUUUUCAGUCAGUCAGCCCUCAACCUCAGUCUAAAGACUUAUCCAGCACCUCUGUCAGCCAAAGCUGGUCUUUUGAGGCUGUGAAGAAAUCUGUCUCCACACUGAAGGGGCAGCUGGAGGAUUUCUUCAAGCAGGAAGUCAUGAAGAUCUCUGCAGCAGUGUCUGAUGUCAAGGCUGUUUUUACUGAGCCAGUAACCAGAGAGGAGUUCUUAAAGUGUAAGUUGGUCUGGUCUACAAACACUGAGACAUGUCAGUCAUGA